UUUGGUUGUUGGUAACCGAUCGGAUGCUUCACACACACAAAUUUAAGCUCACUAUUGCUCACUAUUGUAAGCUCACCCUAACUACGUCUUUGACACUCUUGACACUUCUCCAUUGCAAAAUAAUCCAAAACUGAUGUCUUUGUCUGGCUUCCCAAUCCCAAACUCUUUUUAAGAAAGAGAUGAAAUUGUUUAUGAAAAUGUCAUGAAAAAAAGUCCUUCUGAAAUAGGAAUACCACAACCCGAUGAACACCCCUAAUGUAAAAUAAAUACGGUUUCUAUGAAGCAACAUCAGGGAAAAUGUACAUAGUGAUAUGACAGUAGUCCGGACAAGGGUGAUAUACAGUGCAAUCCUGUUAGGAAUUUGAGGGUUAAAUUGGAGAAAACACAAAAAAGUCCCAUGAGAAGAUGGAAUUGUAAGAAUGUGUAGUGCUGUAGUUGUCAACACACUCAAAAUGCCCAUGUCAAGAACACAGCUUUUCCCCUCACAUACACAAUAUAUCCAAGAGGGUGGUGGAGGCAAUUUGCCUCCUUUAAAGCAAGGAACAGCUAAAGAGCCAAGUCCUCCAACAGCAUCUGCUACUAGCUCUGCAACCUCUGCAAUCCUUCCAGAAUUAAAUGUUUCAAGUUUAGGGCUUCAGUGUUUAAGUCGGGGAAACAUGUCUACUCCAUUACUCAAAUCUUCCCAAACUAGCCUUGCUAGUCUUACUGGCUCUGAAUGUAAGCCUCGUACCAUGGUAACAACGCCUGAGCAGGUAAUGAAGCUAUAUAUGAACAAAUUAACUCCUUAUGAGCAUCAUGAAAUAUUUAAUUAUCCUCAAAUAUAUUUUAUUGGGGCUAAUGCAAAGAAGCGCCCUGGCAUUAUAGGCAACUCAAACAAUUGUGACUAUGAUAAUGACCAAGGAUCUUACAUCCACAUUCCUCAUGACCAUGUAGCAUACCGGUAUGAAGUUCUUAAAGUUAUUGGAAAAGGGUCAUUUGGACAAGUAGUCAAAGCUUAUGACCAUGCUAAUCAUAUACAUGUUGCUCUUAAAAUGGUGAGAAAUGAAAAAAGAUUUCACAGACAGGCUCAAGAAGAGGUGAGAAUUUUGGAGCAUCUUCGUAAACAAGACAAAGACAAUGCAAUGAAUAUAAUUCAUAUGUUGGAUUCUUUUACUUUUCGAAAUCACAUGUGUAUAACUUUUGAAUUAUUGUCUAUAAAUUUGUAUGAGCUAAUUAAGAAGAACAAGUUCAAAGGAUUUAGUCUACAGUUGGUUAGAAAAUUUUGCCACUCAUUGUUGCUUUGUCUUGAUGCAUUAAACAGGAAUAAAAUAAUUCAUUGUGAUAUGAAGCCAGAAAAUGUUCUACUUAAGCAACAAGGUAGAAGUGGACUUAAGGUAAUUGAUUUUGGGUCCUCCUGCUAUGAACAAAACAGAGUAUAUACUUACAUUCAGUCAAGAUUUUAUAGAGCUCCCGAAGUUAUACUCGGAGCUCGUUAUGGCAUGCCUAUUGACAUGUGGUCUCUCGGCUGCAUCUUAGCCGAACUCCUUACUGGUUUCCCAUUGUUGCCAGGUGAAGAUGAGGCCGAUCAGUUAGCUUGUAUCAUGGAACUCUUAGGUAUGCCUCCACAGAGGCUUUUGGAGCAGGCGAAAAGGGCAAAAAACUUUAUUAGUUCAAAGGGAAUACCAAGAUAUUGCAAUUGUACCACACUAAGUGAUGGUACAGUGGUAUUGGCAGGUGGUUUAAGUCGUAGAGGUAAACCAAGAGGCCCACCCGGAAGUAAAGAUCUGAAAAGGGCACUGAAGGGAUGUGAUGAUCCCUUGUUUUUAGAUUUUAUUCAGAGAUGUUUGGAAUGGGAUCCCGAUGUAAGAAUGACACCAAGUCAGGCCCUUAGGCAUGCAUGGUUAAGAAGAAGACUUCCUCGACCACCUGGAGAAAAGCUCGAGCAAAGUAGUGCUAGUGUAUCAAGAACUGGAUCUACAGGCGUGCCAAGAACUCCUAAAGCUCAGGUGCCUCAACAAGUAAAUUUUGGAGAGGGCAAUGCAUGACGUGGUGGAUAUCAUGUUUUGUAUCGUUGUUCUAUUGAGCGUCAGGUAAGUGGUCAAAGAUGUCGCCUUCUCGCACUCUGGGCCACGUACCGAUGGGUGCAGUUGCAGUAUAGGAAUAGAUCUCUUAGAUAAUCUGAUGAUCUGGUAAUUAUUGUUAUUUCACAGUUUAUGUUGGAAGAAUACGUAAAUUCACAGGGUAAAUUUUUAUUACAUUUGCGUUUAUUUUAAAGCGAUUAGUUAAAUGAAAGUAUAAAAAAUAUACUUCGUGAAUAUGUUUGUCUUGUACAUUUACUAAGUAGCUUGUUUUUAUAGUUUUCAUUUUCCUAUUUUUUUGUGUUAUAGUACUUUAGCAUUUCUGAACUGUAGCUUAAAUUUCCUGUGUACUAUCGUUUGACUAAAGAUAUUCUGAUAAUAUUGUAUAGUAUAAUUUACUAUACGUUUUGUAAGUUUGUGAAAUAUUUGAAAUAUAUAGCAACAGUUCAUAUUUCUAAUAUAGUUUAGCUUUAAAUUUUUUGGUAUACUUAGUUGCAGGAUAAAUUAUUUACAAUAUACUUUGUGAUAAACCUGGCAUAAAGCAUUGUUAAUCUUGACUUAAAUCAUUUUGGUUAGUUUUUCAAAUUAGUACUUUAUUUCUAAUUAUUUAUGUGCAUCUUACUAGCCUUAUUUGGGAGGUUGUAGGAUUAGAAUUAAAAGGGUACGCUACAAAUAUUCUAGUAUCCUAAGAUAGUACUAAAUAUUUUUUCCUACGACUAUAUUGUGACAAUUCUAGGUUAUGUUAGUCAUAAAUGUUCAUGGCAUUAUUUAUUUUAUGUUUCAUUUGAAAGACUGUUGUGCAAUUGGAGAUGAUAUGUGAUUAAUAAUAUACUUCUCAACAUAUUAA